GUACAUUUCCGGAUACUAACAACAAUGGCGGCCAAUAGGGAAAGAGAUGUUCUCUUUGAAGUGAGAAAUGCUUUCUUCAUAGGAGACUAUCAGCACUGCAUAACAGAAGCACAAAAAAUAAAACCCCCAACAGCUCCAGUGGCAAUAGAAAGAGAUGUACUAAUGUACAGAGCAUAUUUGGCUCAGCGUAAAUAUGCUGUGGUUCUUAGCGAGGUGACUAAGAGUUCUCCUGUUGAAGUGAGGGCUGUUCGUUUGCUAGCUGAAUAUCUUAAUGCUAGCGGAGCAGGAGGAAGAGCGAAGGUAGUAUCGGAUCUUGAUAAAACUGUGAACAGUGGAGUUGAUGCUGAUAAUGAUACUUUUGUAAUUGUUGCUGCCUCAAUUUACUUACUAGAGGAAAAUUUUGAUUCUGCCCUUCGAUGUCUCAACCAGUCGGAUUCAUUAGAAGGGGCAGCUUUAAGAGUACAGAUAUUACUAUCAAUGAACAGACUUGACUUAGCAAAGAAAGAGCUCAAAAUCAUGCAAGAGAAAGACGACGAUGCAACUCUCUCUCAGUUAGCUCUUGCUUGGUUCAAUUUAGCCGUAGGAGGAGACAAGUAUCAAGAUGCUUACUACAUCUACCAAGAGCUUGCUGAUAAAACCACACCCACUCCACUCCUCCUCAAUGGACAAGCAGUAUGUAUGAUUAGUCAAGGUAAAUAUGAUGAAGCUGAGAGUGCACUACAAGAUGCACUAUCAAAGGAUAGCAAUAAUCCAGAAACUUUAGUCAAUUUAGUUGUUGUUUCGCAUCACUUGGGAAAACCAUCAGCAGUUAGUCAGAGGUACAUGGCUCAGUUGAAGGAUGGUCAUGGAGGGCAUUUAUAUGUGCAGCAAUUCAAGAGCAAAGAAGAAGAAUUCGACAGACUCUCGAGUCAAUAUUCAGGGAACAAUUGAAUAAUGAAAAUAUUAAUGAUAAUUAUUGCAAAUAAAUUAAUAAUAAUAAACAAUUCACAGAAUUAAACUAAUUAAAA